AUGGAAAGCAAAUUAAAAGCAGAAGAAUCAAAUAAUACUGUGAUGGAGUUUGUUCUCCUGGGGUUUUCUGAUGUGCCCAGUCUCCAGUGGAUUCUCUUUGGAAUAUUUUUAGUCAUAUAUCUCAUUAUUUUGUUGGGCAAUAGCAUCAUAAUACUGAUAACAAGAAUUGAUCCUACUCUCCAGAACCCCAUGUAUUUUUUCCUUGCCAAUUUUUCCUUCCUGGAAAUUUGUUAUGUAACAACCACUGUCCCAAGAAUGCUCAGAGACAUUUGGACCAAGAAUGGAAAUAUUUCUUUUUUUGCCUGUGCUAUACAAAUGUGUUUUGUUCUUAUCUUUGGAGGCACAGAGUGUUUGCUUCUGACAGUGAUGGCCUACGACCGCUACGUGGCCAUUUGUAACCCUCUGCACUAUCCUGCAGUCAUGAACCACAGGCUCUGUAUCCAGCUGGUGGCUGGUUCCUGGAUUAGUGGAUUUCCAUUUGAAAUUGGGCAAACAUGCCAGAUUUUCUCUGUAUCCUUUUGUGGAUCUAACAUAAUUAAUCAUUUCUUUUGUGACAUUCCCCCAGUUCUCAAGCUUGCUUGUGGGGACACUUUUGUGAAUGAGACAUUGGUCUAUCUUGUUGCUGUGGAGUUUUUCAUGGUUCCUUUUCUGUUGAUCAUUGCCUCUUAUGCCAAAAUUAUCUCUAAUAUUCUGAAAUUGUCAUCAGCUAGAGGGAGGGUCAAAGCCUUCUCCACCUGUUCUUCUCACCUGACAGUUAUAGUCUUAUCCUAUGGAACAGCUGGUAUGACUUAUUUACAGCCCAAAUCAGAUCAACCCAAAGGAAAGGGGAAACUGAUCUCUCUUUUCUAUACCAUUUUGACACCGAUGAUAAGCCCCAUUAUAUAUAGUCUGAGGAACAAGGAUGUCAUGAUGGCACUGAAGAAAUUACUGCCUAAAUUAUUAACAUGA